GAAAAAUGAGCGGUGGGUUGGCACCAAGCAAAAGCACAGUGUACGUGUCCAAUUUACCCUUUGCUUUGACAAACAACGACCUGUACAGGAUCUUUUCAAAGUAUGGGAAGGUUGUCAAAGUUACUAUUAUGAAAGACAAAGACACCAGGAAGAGCAAAGGAGUUGCCUUUAUUUUGUUUUUGGAUAAAGAAUCUGCACAAAACUGUUCUCGGGCACUUAAUAAUAAACAGUUGUUUGGAAGAGUAAUAAAAGCCAGUAUUGCCAUUGAUAAUGGAAGAGCAGCAGAAUUCAUUCGCAGGCGUAACUACUUUGAUAAGUCUAAGUGUUACGAAUGUGGGGAAGCAGGACACUUAAGUUAUGCUUGCCCUAAAAAUAUGCUAGGAGAGCGGGAGCCACCAAAAAAAAAAGAAAAGAAGAAGAGAAAGAAAGUAAUUGAGCCAGAAGAAAUUGAGGGGGAGGAAGAAAGCGAAGAGGAAGGAGAAGACCCUGCUCUAGAUAGCCUCAGCCAAGCCAUAGCUUUUCAGCAAGCCAAAAUUGAGGAAGAAGAACAAAGAUGGACACAGACUGCAGGGGAAUCUUCAGUUUCAGAUGAUUCAAAACGUCCACGGAUUAAAAAAAGUGCUUAUUUCAGUGAUGAGGAAGAACUUAGUGACUGAAAUAAUACUGAUGUAUGUGCGUAUAUAAUAUAUAUAGUGUACAUUUUGUAAAGUGCUAUGGAGUUAUUUGUAAUACAGGUCUGUCUUGGUGUCAAAGACACUUAUUGAAAAUCAGGUUGUAGUUCUACCCUGCCUUCAAACCUCCUGUAUUUUGAUCUCUCUCUCUCUCAAAACUUAACCUUUCAAGGCAGCUUCUUAAGAAAAUUGUGUUUCUACGCUUAACUCCAGAAAAAUA